CUUUUACUAGGUCAAUUGUUUGUGUACUACCCCAAGUCUACAAACCCUAGUUACUGUCUUUGGAAUGGUAACCUGUUGUGAGUUCCAUUUUGUAAAUGUGUUGUUAAAAUUCCAAUUGAAUUGUUUAAAUUUAAAAAAGAAAUGAAUCACAGCAGACCUGAGGGAGGCCUCCUCUCCUGAGCAGCAGGAAGAACUUGCUGAGAAGAGGGAGGUCAUCCUGUUACAGCUAGAUGUUUGGUACAGAGUCUGGUGCCUGUGAAGAGGGCCUUCUGUCACAUUAUGUCUCAAACUGUUGAUGUGAACAUGGAGCCUCUGAAAUGGCCUAUAGCUCCAGAUGGCUACAUCCCCAACUCUGUCAUCCGAAACUGGAGGAAGAAGAGAAAGGAUCUUAACAAGGUGUACUGUUGGGAUGACAUCAGUUAUAGUUCUCAUCGGGUGAAUCAACCCACAGCAAAGGAUGAGGAACAUGUGAGCACAAGAGUUUUAUGGAUCACACAAGAUGAGGAGGAAGAGGAAGAAGAGACAGAUGAUGUGAAAUGGAGAAUGGAAGAUGAGAAAAAUGAGAAAGCCAAGAAGGAAAAAACAAAGGUGCAGGAAAAGGAAAGGGCGGAUGAGAAGAAAGCGAAGGAAGUACACAAGAUGGAAAGAUAUGUCCUUCUGACGCAGAUGAACACUAACACUACUCUGCAGAACCAGCUGAAAUUAUCUGAUGACGGACAGACGAAUGUGAAGCCUCAAACGCAAGAAGUCGGCUCAACAUUUAUUACAAGAAAGACUGUGAACGUCCUACCAACCAUCUGUCCUGAAAAUGGACCUAAACAACUCAGUGAGCAAACGGAACUCACAAAGCUUCAUGAAACCAUCAAACCUCACGUCCAGUUGGCAACAGAAAGAUACUCUCUGUCCGAUAAACAAAGAACAUCCAGUUUAAUUCCUAAAGAGUGGCCGGAGCCUCCAUUGGAAAGUACUGUGGUGUCUGUAGAUGUUGUCAUCCCAAAGCAAGAACCCAGAACCUUGUACGUACCACCUAUAGAGGUUGAAAACAGGACUCCUUAUCCCCUGAAGGUUCCUCCUUCAACCCCAGAAGAUCCUCAACCCCAACGAGACCGUGGGCCUCCUGAAUGCUCGCCAAUAAAGCGAGAGAUACAGAGAGGCAAAGGGUUCCUCCUGUCUUCCACCAAAUAUAACAACAUUAGAGACCAACUACAGGUGACCAUGGAUAAAAAAGUCUUGGAGCUCUUUAAAAAAUUGAAAGUUGCCACCAAGAACUCAUCACGCCUUGGAAAACGCUCCACCAUUGCCAAGCACCCAGCUACUUCUAAGGCUAUGCAGGCUCGCAAAGGCUUCUGUCCUCCUGAUUCUAAGACUACACACACUCUCCAAGACUUCUGUUCUCCAUGGGCAGCAAAGUGUGCUGCUGGUGAGCAUCCAGUCAAGUCUUCCAAUGCCAGUCAACAUGUGGCAACCAUCCCAACAACAGGACAUCAGAGAGUGGUGCAAAAGAUCCAGAUGAAAGACACUCUAGAACCAGCAACCUUUCACUUCCACCAUGUGAUCCCAAUGGCCUCCCAACAAAGCUUCUUUACUUUGAAUCCACAUGGGACGACCCAGUAUGGAAGGCUUCAGUUUUAUUGGAUAAGGAGACAUGAUGCGGACAACCUGCUGAGUGUUUGCAACUAUAGACCAACAACUCCGCUCAUAUAGUAGGCUUGGUUCUCUCUUUAUAGAUUGACUAAGAAACUGGCCAACUCAUGAAUUAAUUCAUAAUGAGGUAUUUGGCUAAACAAUAAAAUCAUCUGUUGCAUUCAUACAAUAAUUUAGGUUCAAACUAUGGUAAUAGUGAUUGUUAGUUGGUUGGAUCAUUGCUUUGCCAUUUGAUUCAUACAUUCAUGUCCCCCUCCCCAAAUUAAUUUUAACAACUGUCUUAAUUGCCUGUUGAUUCUUUUAGUUGUUAGUUUGUUGUAGGUAUGAAUUGAUAUUUUGUGGUAUUAAUCAACUGCAACGAGUAUCUGAGCUGUCUGCUGAUAUAUGAUUAAUAACAAUACUAGGACAAAAAACCUGGACAGAUAUAACACAGCUUUAUUGACAUUUGUUUCUUGACAACGGUUUCAUUUGACACAAUGUUCACAUAGCUGGAAAACAAAAACUCAUGAAUAUUUUGGAAUUAACAGAUUAAUGUUCUUGUAAUUGUGAAGUACUGUAAAUAAUUCUAAAUACAGAAACAUUCUAGGUAGAAAUUAAAGCUGGAAAAAUAUGGCAAACGUUGCCUCACAAGGUUUAAAUUAAGUAUAAUAUUAAAAUAAAGAACUAUAAAAUAAAAAGAAGUAUAAUAUGGCAUCCCACAAAUACAGCUGGUGAACUGAAGUAGAAUGAAGGAAGAUAAACAACAAUAAGAUAAAUAUAUGCGGAAAUGAUACAUUUACUGAGAUGGCACUUUGAUAGAAACUAAAGCAAGUCAUUAAGGUGAACGAGUUUGGAAAUCUGUUGCUUUCGAAAAUCUGUUUUUGCAAAAACUUCCGUUUUUGAUAUGUUUUUGAUAUGUGAAGUACAGUACAUUUUAUAUGAAACAGUACAGCAAAAACAAAUGGUCAUUUCGUUGUUAAUUUCAUAAAAACAAGCAUUUUGAAUAGCUGUGGAUGAACCAUACAGACGUGCAUUGCAUUCACAAAAGUAUCUAUUCUCAUAAUAACUUAGUCUCGUAAGAAAGAAAAAGGAAAAUGAUGAUAAACGGUCUAAUAAUUAAAAGAAAAAUGUACCAUAAGUAUGAGGUCCAUAUCUCAUAAUAACGAAAAACCGAUUAUUAUUAUACCGAUAAUUAGGAGAUAUGGAUGUUGUCAUUAGGAUACGAAGUCAAAAUUACGAGAAUAAUUUCCCAUGUUGACAAGAUCUUCACCUCAUAAUUAAGAGCGCUAUGUUAUAAUUCUGAGAUGCAGAAGCUAGAAUUAUGCAAUAAGGGGUUUCAUUUUUGUUUUGUGUGUUGAAUGAAACAGUGCUUUAUUAGAACUACACUACAACAUACUAUCUGAAUGAAUGAGACCGUAACGGCCAGUCAGUCAGUGUAAUGAGUGUAGCAAUACAGCUGUAAAACAUUGUUGGAGAUGGUUUAU